AUGCGAAGAGCAGCCUUUUAUGAUGGUCAUAGACGCCCGCACGCGGUUGACAACAUAUCUUGUUCCGCGAGGCUUCGAGGCAGACUGCUGCAAACUAUUGAAGAGAUGAAAUGA